AACUAUCUUUUGAGUGCGGCAAGUUGUAGCGGGCACCGCUGACUGUUUCCCUUUGGGGCACGUCUUAUCUAGAAGCUGAAUUUAGUUUCUUCCGAAGUGAGCCAGUUCGCCCCCCAAGCCCGUCCUCCCGAAUAAGGAAGCAGCCGCCGAGCAUCAGCGGAGCCCUGAUGAGCCUGGGCUGUGGAGCCGCUUAGCAGUCUCCCAGGACCCAGCUCCGGAGGAGCCGCAAGCAUGCACCCUGGGUUGUGGCUGCUCCUGGUUACGUUGUGCCUGACCGAAGAACUGGCAGGAGCGGGAGAGAAGAAGUCCUAUGGAAAGCCAUGUGGAGGCCAAGACUGCAGUGGAGGCUGUAAAUGCUUUCCUGAGAAAGGAGCGAGAGGGCGACUAGGACCAAUUGGAAUUCAAGGUCCAACAGGUCCUCAAGGAUUUGCUGGCCCUAGCGGUUUAUCAGGGUUGAAAGGAGAAAGGGGCUCCCCAGGUCCCCUGGGACCAUAUGGACCAAAAGGAGAUAAGGGUCCCAUGGGAGUUCCUGGCUUUCUUGGCAUCAAUGGGAUUCCGGGCCACCCGGGACAGCCAGGGCCCAGGGGCCCACCUGGCCUGGAUGGCUGUAAUGGAACUCAAGGAGAUGUUGGAUAUCCAGGCCCUGAUGGCUAUCCUGGGCUUCUCGGACCACCCGGGCUUCCUGGCCAGAAAGGCUCUAAAGGUGAAACUGUCCUUGCCCAAGGUAGUUUCAAAGGAAUAAAGGGGGAGCCUGGACUGCCUGGACUGGACGGAAUCACUGGCCCACAAGGAGCACCCGGAUCUCCAGGAGCUGUAGGACCCAUGGGACCACCAGGAUUGCAAGGUCCUCCAGGCCCUCCCGGUUUCCCUGGUCCUGAUGGGAAUAUGGGGUUAGGUUUCCAAGGAGAGAAAGGAGUCAAGGGGGAUGUUGGCCUCCCAGGCCCUGCGGGACCCCCACCAUCUACUGGAGAACUGGAAUUUAUGGGAUUUCCCAAAGGGAAGAAAGGAUCCAAGGGUGAACCAGGGCUUCCAGGUUUACCAGGAAUAAGUGGCCCUCCAGGUCUCCCGGGAUUUGGAACUGCUGGAGAAAAGGGUGAAAAGGGAAUCCCUGGUUUGCCAGGACCUAGGGGUCCCAUGGGUUUAGAAGGACUCCGAGGGCCCCCAGGGAGUCAGGGCAAGAAAGGGUCUUCAGGUUUCCCUGGGUUUAACGGAUUUCCAGGAAUUAAGGGCGAAAAGGGUGGCAUUGGCUUGCCAGGCCCAGAUGCUUACAUCGAUACGGAUGGUGCUGUGAUCUCAGGUUACCCUGGAGACCCCGGUGUGCCAGGCCUCCCAGGACUUAAAGGAGAUGAAGGCAUUCAGGGCCUGCCUGGCCCUUCCGGCCUCCCUGGCUUGCCAGCUUUACCAGGUGUCCCAGGUGCCCUAGGGCACCAAGGAGUUCCAGGUCUCAAGGGGGACAAAGGAAACCCAGGCCGCACCACAGUUGGGGCAGCUGGCCCCCCUGGCAGAGGCGGUUUGCCAGGCUUACCAGGCCUAGCAGGCCCACCCGGUCGAACAUUUGAGACUGGAACACUACAGAACACAGAGCCAGGGUUCCCUGGUCUCCGAGGAGAACGAGGUCCAAAAGGAAACCCAGGCCUCAAAGGAAUAAAAGGGGACUCAGGGUUUUGUGCUUGUGAUGGCGGUGUCCCUAACAUUGGACCACCUGGGGAGCCAGGCCUGCCUGGGUCACAAGGUCUCAUUGGCCUUCCAGGCCUUAAAGGAACCAGAGGAGAUCCAGGCUCUGGGGGUACACAGGGCCCAUCAGGGACUCCAGGUUUAUUUGGACCUCGGGGUCCUGCAGGCCACAAAGGAGAGAAAGGGGAGCCAAGUCUCAGUUCAAGAUCAAGGAUGCCAGGGGAGCGGGGUGAUCCUGGCCCCCAGGGGCUCCCUGGUAAAACAGGAACCCCAGGGAAGGAUGGAGUACCAGGUUUACCAGGUCUGCCAGGCCUCCCAGGUGAUGGUGGACAGGGCUUCCCAGGUGAGAAGGGGUUACCAGGACUUCCUGGUGAAAAGGGCCGCAGUGGUCCAGCUGGUCCCCCAGGAAAUGGACUGCCGGGAUCUCCCGGACCUCGUGGGCUUCCUGGAGAUCAAGGAAUAAAUGGAUUACCAGGGAAGCAAGGCCUCCCUGGGCUUCCAGGUGACUGUUGUUGCAGGGAGAGCAUUGGUAAAGGAGGCUUAGACACAGAGGGAGGGGUCACCUUGCCGUGUAUAAUUCCCGGAUCAUACGGUCCAUCAGGCUUUCCAGGAGCUCCCGGAUUCCCAGGUCCUAAAGGGGCCCGUGGCCUCCCUGGGAUUGCAGGCCAGCCUGGAUUGCGUGGAAAUAAAGGAAAGGCUGGAAGUCCAGGAUUAGUUCACCUUCCUGAACUGCCAGGAUUUCCUGGACCUCGUGGGGAGAAGGGCUUGCCUGGGUUUCCUGGGCUCCCUGGAAAAGAUGGCUUGCCUGGGAAAAUUGGCAGUCCAGGUUUACCAGGUUCCAAGGGAGCCUCUGGUGACAUCUAUGGUGCUGAAAAUGGUGCUCCGGGGGAGCAAGGCCUACAGGGAUUGCCAGGGGACCGAGGAUUUCCUGGAGACCCUGGCCUUCCAGGACCCAAGGGUCUGCCUGGGAAGUCAGGCUUGCUGGGCCCCAAAGGUGAACGGGGCAGGCCUGGAACACCAGGCCAUGUGGGACAGCCAGGGUCCCCAGGGCCUGAUGGCCGAUUCGACAUCAAGGGCAAACCCGGGCUCCCAGGAGCACCAGGCUUUCCAGGCCCUUCAGGACAUCCUGGAAAGAAAGGUUUAAGAGGCGAGACAGGUCCCCCUGCAUCAGCUGGAAAGAGAGGCCUGCCUGGGUUGAAAGGCCUUCCAGGAUCUCCAGGGCUGAUUGGCUUCUUGGGGAACUCAGGCUUGCCAGGGAGCACUGGGUUGCCAGGCCUGCCGGGUCCGAAGGGUGAGAAGGGAUCUGCUGGGCUGGUAGGUUUUCCAGGGAUACCAGGUCUCCCUGGUAUUCCUGGUGCAAGUGGAUUAAAGGGCAUUUCUGGGUCAGCCGGAAAGGUGGGACCAUCUGGACGGGCUGGUAGUGCUGGUAAAAAAGGAGACAGAGGUGACCCGGGGCCAGCUGGAAUCCCCAGUCCACGACCUCCAAUCCUGAACCUGCAGCUGAAAGGAGAUAAAGGCUCUAGAGGCUCAGCUGGAUCUGACGGAUUUCCUGGGCCCAGAGGUGACAAAGGAGAGACUGGCCCCCCAGGGCUACCAGGCUUGCCUGGAGUUCCCGGCCUCCCCAGUAUCAUCAAGGGACUUAAUGGGAAACCAGGCCCCCCUGGCUCCAUUGGAUUACGGGGCUUACCCGGCCUUAAAGGGUCCCCUGGAAUCACAGGUUUCCCAGGAAUACCAGGAGCAAGUGGUUCACAGGGUCUCAAUGGAGCUCCCGGACUCCCAGGAGCAUCUGGUCUCCCAGGUUCAAAAGGAGAUCAAGGCCAGACCCUUGGAAUUUCCGGUAGCCUGGGACUCAAGGGACAACCUGGGGAAUCUGGGUUUAAAGGUGUGAAAGGAAAAGAUGGACUAGCUGGUGAUGUGGGUUUCCCAGGAAGCAAAGGUGAAGAUGGCAAAGUUGGUAUUUCUGGAGAUGUUGGCCUUCCUGGCUCCCCAGGACUCCCUGGGAUUGCAGGCAUGAGAGGAAAUCCAGGGCUACCGGGUUCUGCAGGCCAUCCAGGGGCCUCUGGGCCCCUGGGAGCCCCCGGCCUAAUAGGAACCAAAGGUUUCCCUGGACUUCCUGGUUUACAUGGACUGAAUGGGCUUCCAGGAACCAAGGGAACCCAUGGAACUCCAGGACCCAGUAUAACCGGUGUUCCUGGGCCAGCUGGCCUGCCUGGUCCCAAAGGGGAAAAAGGUUCUCCAGGAAUUGGCAUCGGAGCCCCAGGGAAGCCAGGAGUGAAAGGACAGAGAGGUGGCCGAGGUUUCCCAGGCUUCCAGGGACCUGCUGGUCUGCCCGGUGCCGCAGGCCUCUCCUUGCCUUCAGUCAUAGGAGGACAGCCUGGCGACCCCGGGCGACCAGGCCUAGAUGGAGAGCGAGGUAAAGACAGGAAACCCAAAAGAGGUUUGGCCUUUGCCUUCUGUCCGCAGUUUGGGGAGAUCCUAAUACAGUCCAGCCCCAUUCCUACUGCUGGAUGUGCAUGGGCCUGCAUGGCCUCAUGUCCCUCCCCCAACAGGGACAUGGGGGACUGCAAAGGGCUGUAUUUGCAAAAAGGGUUUGGGAAGGUCCAGGCACUGGGACCCCAGAUGCAGCAAAGGAAUGUUCUCUGCCCUGGGAACAGGCUUUGGCUUGAUAUUAGCCCCGAGGCCUUCAGUGGUGGCCACCUCCUUCUCACCUGCCUUCAUUCCUCUCUGAUCUUAUCUCUAGGCCGCCCAGGCCCUCCAGGGCCCCCAGGGCCCCCUGGGCCAUCCUCUGAUCAAGGUGACCCUGGAGACCCUGGCUUCCCUGGAAUUCCUGGCCGUCAAGGGCCCAAGGGAGACCAAGGAAUUCCAGGUUUCUCUGGCCUUCCUGGAGAGCUAGGACUGAAAGGCAUGAGAGGUGAGCCUGGCUUCAUGGGGAUUCCAGGCAAGGUUGGGCCACCUGGAGACCCAGGACUUCCCGGGAUGAAGGGGAAGGCAGGGCCAAGAGGCUUUUCCGGACCCCGGGGUGCUCCUGGACAAACACCAAUUGCAGAAGCUGUUCAGGUUCCUCCUGGACCCAUGGGUCAACCGGGCAUGGAUGGCAUCCCUGGCCUCACAGGAGACCCUGGGGUUCAAGGCCCUGUAGGCCUACAAGGCUCCAAAGGAUUACCUGGCAUCCCUGGAAAAGAUGGUCUCAACGGACUCAUUGGCCCACCUGGGCCUCUUGGUGAUCCUGGUCUCCCUGGACUGCAAGGCCCUCCAGGACUCGAAGGAGCUCCAGGGAAGAAGGGUCCCUUCGGGACGGCUGGAAUGCCUGGGCAGAGCUCGAGAGUGGGUUACACGUUGGUGAAGCACAGCCAGUCGGAACAGGUGCCCCUGUGUCCCGUCGGGAUGAGCCAGCUGUGGGUGGGUUACAGCUUGCUGUUCGUGGAGGGGCAGGAGAAAGCCCACAACCAGGACCUGGGAUUUGCUGGCUCCUGCCUGCCCCGCUUCAGUACCAUGCCUUUCAUCUAUUGCAACAUCAACGAAGUGUGCCACUAUGCUGGGCGCAAUGAUAAAUCCUACUGGCUGUCCACCACCGCCCCCAUUCCCAUGAUGCCCGUCGGCCAGACCCAGAUUCCCCAGUACAUCAGCCGCUGUUCUGUGUGUGAGGCACCCUCACAAGCCAUUGCUGUGCACAGCCAGGACAUCACCAUCCCGCAGUGCCCCCUGGGCUGGCGCAGCCUCUGGAUUGGGUACUCCUUCCUCAUGCACACUGCUGCUGGCGCCGAGGGCGGGGGCCAGUCCCUGGUCUCACCCGGCUCCUGCCUGGAGGAUUUUCGUGCCACUCCUUUCAUCGAAUGCAGUGGGGCCCGGGGCACCUGCCACUACUUUGCCAACAAGUACAGUUUCUGGCUGACAACAGUGGAAGAGAGGCAGCAGUUUAGGGAGGAACCUGUAUCUGAAACACUGAAGGCUGGGCAGCUCCAUACAAGGGUCAGCCGCUGCCAGGUGUGUAUGAAAAGCCUGUAGG